AUGGGCAGGCGCCAGCAGCCCAGUGCAAUGGAGCAAGGCCCCACGGCGUCAGGGACCGAGUGGGGCAUGCAGGUGGCCAGAGGCCCUACCAGCUGCUACCGGGAGCUGAGUCGCUUCCCUACUGUCACCCGUGCCGCCCUUGGGGCCGCCUCCGGGGGCCAGUCCUUCCUGCUCUACACUGAGUGCAGCCGCCCCGACCUGUCCCGGCAUCGGCUGCUGCGCUUCAGUCGCCACUACAGCCUGCAGCGUGCAGGCAGCCGCAGCAUCGCCGUCAGCCAGGCAGCGCUCAGCGCCGAGAUCCACAACCAGUACGGCAGAGACAGGCGGCUUCUCAGCCAGGACUCACCUACAGGACAGCACCGUGCCGUGCUCAGCCGCUGCCCGUGGCUGGGCCACGAGCUGCUGGAGGUGUGGGGCAGCAGUGGGCGCAGCCACAGUGUGGACCUCACAGCACUGGGGAAGCAUGGGGAGGUCUACACGGAGGGGCCCUUUGCCUGUCUGUCCUGGUCCCACUCGGAGACACAGCUACUCUACGUGGCCGAGAAGAGCCGGCCCAAACCACAGCCCCCCUGCCCCUGGGAUGUGCCAGGAGCAGCCAGGCCAGCAGAGGAGCACAAGGAUGGACAGGAUGAACAGUUUGUGUACCACGAGGGUUGGGGGGAGGCACUGAGCACCCGCAGCAUGCCUGUUGUCUGUGCCCUGGAUCUGGAAAGCAGCAGCCUCUUGGUGCUGGAGGGCAUCCCAGAGCACCUCUGCCCUGGACAGGCCCUGUGGUCUCCAGAUGACCAUGGUGUGGUGUUUGUGGGAUGGUGGCAUAAGCCCUUCCGCCUGGGGCUGAGUGCGUGCUCCAACAGGAGCCCUGAUGGCCAGCACCUGCUCUACCUGGAGGGGGACCUAGGGGGGCCCCACCGGCAAUGCCUGCGACUGCGCAUGAUCACCUGGCAGACAAGGCAGGCAGUGACUGUUCUCGAUGUGGUGCAUGAGCCUACAGAGGCCUUCGCUGGGCUCUAUGUGGAGGCACUGCCACCACGGUGCUGGGCAGCUGACAGCCGUCGAGCAGUGCUGGGCACUCCGCAGAGAAGCCGCACAGACCUGCUGCUUGUGGACACGGAGACAGCUAUCAUCACCAACCUCACAGCAGGCACCCAGGCUUUUGAAGCGCUGUUGCUGAGCCCGACAGACAGCAUGGUACCACACCCCCUCAUCGUGUGCCCCCAUGGUGGUCCCCACGCUGUCUUUGAUGCCCGCUGGCGCCCAAGCAUGGCCGCACUGUGCCGGCUGGGCUUUGCUGUGCUCCUGGCCCCCAUCUCCCCAGUGAACUACCGUGGCUCCCUGGGCUUCGGUCAGGCCAGCAUCAGCUCCCUGCUCUCCCGUGUGGGUGAACAGGACGUGGCAGAUACCCAGCUGGCAGUGGAGCAGGCACUGAGCAGCGAGCCCCUGGACCCGCACCGCCUGGCCUUGCUGGCCGGUUCCCACGGAGCCUUCAUUGCCCUGCACCUCCUCACCCACGAGCCUGAGCGCUACCGAGCCUGUGCCCUGCGCAGCCCCGUCUCCAACCUGCCCGCGCUGCUGGGCACGUCCGACAUCCCCGACUGGCGAUACACCUCCCUGGGGCUGCCCUACUCCUUUGAGCGGGUGCCGAGCGCUGAAGAUGUGGCCACCAUGCUGCUGCGCUCCCCCAUUGCCCAGGCAGCCCGGGUGCGGACGCCGGUGCUGCUGUGUGUGGGGGCCCGGGACCAGCGUGUCAGUCCCACGCAGGCACUGGAGCUGUACCGAGUGCUGCGGGCCAGGGGGGUGCCAACACAGCUGCUGUGGUACCCAGAGGGUGGCCAUGCGCUGGCCGGUGUGGAGAUGGAAGCCAGUGUCUUUGGGAACUGUGCCUGUUGGUUCCUACAGCAUCUGGGGCAGCUCCAGCAGGAUGGAACAGGCCAGCACAGCCCCUAG